AUGAGCACCAUGUUUGGGAUUACAGUGCCAGCACUUAGGGGAAAGGACUACGGCAAGACUAAAAUGCCAUAUAUAUAUGAGAAUGCAGGACUUGCGAGUAGGAAAUGGCCCCAUACCAAAGAUGGGAGAGACUGUAGUGGUAAGCCACUAAUUGUGGAGAAGAUUGUGGAGAAGCCCAGUGACCCCCCCAAGAAGAAGCCUACUACUACUACUACAGACAGGAAGAAAUCAAGUUCAACAGCGCCGAAGGCAAAGAAAGCAAAAACUGACAAGAAGUCUAAGGAUCCAAAUGCCCCCAAGCGCCCACAAACUGCCUUCUUUCUCUUCAUGGAUGACUUUAGGAAGACUUAUAAAGAAGAAAAUCCCGAUUCGAAGGGUGGUAAAGAGGUAGCAAAGGAGGGUGGUGAGAAGUGGAAAUCUCUAGACAGAAAGAGAGAAAAAUAUUCCUAGGACAUUAAUAGGUGG